GGAAGUUUUCUUCUGGAGACGGAGAAAGAGAGGAGUCCUGAGAAGAAGAAGAAGAAGAAGAAGAAGAAGAAGAGAAAAGUCUGCGUUUUAACCCAGGAGGCUGUUUUUAAUCAGCUGCCCGCUCAGGACAGGUGAUCUGCUCACCUGAGAUCAGAGGACACGUCACCAGCCGGCCCACAGGCUUUACCUUCCGUCUGCGUGACCUCACCAGUGUUACCCCUGAUAUUGAUCAGAUAAUUGAUCCCUCAAUCAAUGAACCAGGACUCUGCUGCUGGAAUACUGAUAACCUGCUAUUGAUCGCUGGAUUAUUGACCAAACCUGAACCGGAGCGGUCGAGACCUGAUAGAGGAAUAAUCUGCGACACUCAAACCUCCAGAGGAAACUAAAAACUUUGGUUGUGUAAUCGAACUGCUUUUUAUCGGUCAGCUGACACGAUACAAAGACUGUGAUUGGUCGGUGAACCAGGAAGCUCGUCCUUAUUGGUCAGAGGAUCAUUAAAAAGCCGACCAAUGGCAGCGUCAGAACUGAUCCAGGACAGCGACGAUGGCCUUCACGUGGAAGUCAACGUGACCACAGCGAACCUCGACUCCCCUCCUCAUCCCCCGAGGGUCGCCAACGGUACGCCGACCCGCCACGCCUCCUCCUCCUCGCCGCCGACGCUGCCACCGCCCUCCGCCGACGACGAGAAGCAGCCGGAGUGCAGCAAACUGAGCAGCCUGUUCCGACAGAACCAGCUGAUCCACUCUCUGAGCAGCGGGUUGAGGCGACACUGCGACUACGUGAAGAUCGCCGUGCCGGAGGAGCGGGCGAACCGCCUCCCAACGGAGUGGUGGAAGACGGGCGUGGCCUUCCUCUAUGCCCUCUUCAUCCUCUUCUUCACCACCGUCAUCAUCACCGUCGUCCACGAGAGGGUGCCGGACAAGUCGGUGAGCCCGCCGCUGCCCGACAAGUUCUUCGACUACGUGGACCGCGUGCCGUGGGCGUUCACCGUCACCGAGGUCAACGGGCUGAUCCUGUGCGGGCUCUGGCUCGUCCAGCUGCUGUUCCUCAAACACAAAGCCAUAGUGGGUCGUCGCUGUUUCUUCCUCAUCGGGACGCUCUACAUGUAUCGCUGCGUCACCAUGUACAUCACCACGCUGCCGGUACCGGGGAAACACAUGGUCUGCGCUCCGAAGCUGUACAACGACUCAACGGGGAAAAUCUGGAGGAUUUUAAGCCUGAUCUCAGGAGGAGGUUUGUCUCUGACCGGAUCUCACCUGAUGUGCGGCGACUUCCUGUACAGCGGUCACACCGUCAUGUUGACGCUCUCCUACCUCUUCAUCAAAGAGUACUCCCCCCGCUGGAUGUGGUGGUACCAGUGGUUCUGCUGGUUCCUCAGCGCCUCGGGAGUCGUCUGCAUCCUCAUCGCUCACGAUCACUAUAGCGUCGACGUGGUGAUCGGAUACAUCGCCACCACCCGGACCUUCUGGUGGUACCACACCAUGGCCAACACGCAUGAGCUUCGUCAAGCUCCCAACAACUACCUGUCGAGGACCUGGUGGAACCCUGUCUUCAACUUCCUGGAGGGGAACGUCCAGACGACGGUUCCCAUCGUGUUCUCGUCGCCGGUGGCGCUGCCUUCGUCCUGCAGACAGCGGUACCGGAUGGUGGAGGGGGGGAGGGACGAGUGAGGAGGAGGACCGAGUCCCGUAUGAUGGUUUAUUUAUUAGAACCGGCAUUUCCAGCUCUCUCCUGCGUACUGAGGAAGAGGGAGAGAUGUUUACGUUGUCGUGAUCGCCUGCUAUUUAUUUAUCAAGUUUAAUAAUUCAGUUCUUCAUCUGACAGAAUCUGGACAAACAAGUUACAGUUUCAACAAAAUUAAAGUGGUAGGGAAUGUUUCGCUUCACUCCUCCUCUAAAUCUCUAAAAAUCUUUUUUUUACUUUUACUUUAUUUAAAGUAAACAUAAACACUUUUGUUUAGCAGCAGGUCUUCAGCGACAGGAGUAUUUGAUAUUUAAAGCAUAAAUAACAUUUCAUUAGAAAUGCAUUCAAUUAUGCAAAGGAAACAUCUUCAGACCGUGAGGAUCGUGAGGAAAGGUCAAGAAUUUAUCGUGGCAUUUGUUGGAGGCUUCUUGUGUAUUUUCUGCACCUGUGUUGUUGUUUUUUUAUCCUUGCAUUUUUGUUAUCAUUAACAUCUGUCGUGAUUUUAUUUAACUUUUACAGCACGUACAUGUAGACAAGCAGCUGCGAUACCAGUGUUCUUGUUCUCAUAUUUGCCUGUAAAUUGUGUCGAUCUGGAGGAUUAAAACAUUCAUCAACCGGACAACAACCGCAAUAUCUUCCAGGAGAACAGAAUUAAACAUUAGGAUUAAAGUGUUUUUUGCAGAAAGAAAAGGAAGAACAGCAGAAAUUUCUUAAUGACUUACGUUUACAUGCACACCAAUAUGCCACUAUUAUACCCAAGAUGACAAUAUUCUGAAUUUGAUAGGGCUCAUUUAAACUUUAUAUUUUGUUUAGAUAUUCAGAAUUAGGUCUUAUUCUGAUCGGAGCAUUUUCUGAUGAAAACGUUAGAUAUGCCGAUGAUACUCUGGUGUUCGGAGCAUUCUACCAUUAGCCAUGUUAGCAAAGAUUUUGUGCAUGUAAACAUGUUAUCUUUUUUUCCAACUACUGAUUAUGGCUGUGUAUCACAAAAUGAAUUGUAGCACAAAUACACAAUGUUUUUACUUAUUCUUAUUUGAAAUUUCUCAAAUGUUAAAUGUUGCUAAACACAAGCAGCAGUACAAGAACUUGUCCAAAAGAAAUAGUCCAAAGCCAAACAGAAUUGAGAUUUAAACCAGGGACCCAUCUGAUUACAAGAAUGGAAAUAGAUGUUCAAUAACUUUGAGUUCUUGUUUUAUUGCUGGGUGUUACAAAAACAAUUUGGUCAAUGUCAUUAAAGUUGAUAACCAGCUUGAAAUUAAACGCCAAAGGACUUCAUCUUGUCAGCAUGCUAGCAGGCUAACAUGAUUCCUCUUCUUGAUGUGGAAUGUGUAGUUACCUUUAGCUUUGGAGCAAACAUGGCCGCCGCAAAAAACAAACCAUCUGUGGCUUUGAUUCCUGUUGUCAAAAAUCAUCAGGAAUGGAUUCACCAACAAGGAAAAUAUACUCAAAACAAAGUUCUGCUGAGUUGUCAAAGUAAAAAAUGUAUACGUUUUUGUAAAAUGUGGCCUUUCUUCACCAAAAACUGUUUACGCUGAAGAGUGAAAGCUUGUUGCAUUGAAAUGGGUGCAGUUAGCAACAUGCUAAUCCAUUCAUUUAAACAAUUUUUGUAUCAACAAUGCUAAAAAAAGAACACAAAUUUAACUUGUAAUAUAGGUCGAAAGUACCAGGUUCUGAGUAUUUUUACUGAGUGUUGUUGUAAAUGUCUUCCUGUACUGGAUUAUUGUUGUUUAAGUUAUAUUUACAAGUCAGAAUGUGUAAAAGUAUUGAGAAGCUAAACUCGGUGGUAUUUUUUUGUUGUUUGAAACUGCUGCUGAUUUAAAGUCGGAUUAAUGAAGGUUGUUGUUCCAUAAAAGUUCCUUUUAUA